AUGCAAGUUGUGUUGCAACGUCGAUUUUGGGUUGUUGGAGCUCGAAGUCUAAUACGCGCCGUAUACCACAAGUGCGUGAAAUGCAUCUGCAUGAAUCGCAACCUCGCCACGCAAAUGAUGGGGGAUUUACCUGCGACUCGAACUACUUACGCACGUUGUUUCACCCGUACCGCUGUUGAUUUUGCUGGGCCGUACUUGUAUAAGUUUACCCACGGAAGAGGAGCGAAGGCCACCGAAGGAUACAUUUGUUUCUUUGUUUGUAUGUGCACCGUCGCAAUGCAUCUGGAGUUUGUUGGAGAUCUGUCCACAUCAGCAUUCCUUAACGCAUUCAAGAUAUUCGUCAAUCGUAGAGGCUACUGUAAGAUUAUGACAUCGGAUAACGGUACGAAUUUUGUUGGUGCCGAAAGGGAGCUUCGAGUCGCGUUUCAACAGUGUAUGGCUGACACCAAACCACGUAAUUUUUUUACCGAUUCGAAUAUCGAGUGGCGUUUUAACCCUCCUUCAGCACCUCAUAUGGGCGGGUACUGGGAAGCCGGUAUCAAGCGCAUUAAGUACCACCUAAAACGCGUACUGGGUGAAAAUCUGCUAUCAUACGAAGAGUUCAACACGCUGUUGACAGAAGUGGAGGCCUGCGUCAACUCCCGCCCUCUCUGUGAUAACCCUACGGACGCUGGCGACAUAGAAGCUCUAACUCCCGGCCAUUUUAUUGUUGGAGAGCCACUGAAGUCAAUCCCAGAAUCUGAGGGUCAAGGGUUCUGUGGAGAUCUUCGACAACGUUGGCAAGCAAUUUCGGCCAUGAGGCGACAUUUCUGGCGCCGAUGGGAAGACGAAUACCUCGUGAGUCUACAACGUCGCACUAAAUGGUUCUGUUCCUCACGUAACAUUGAAGAAGGUGAUGUAGUCGUUGUCUUCAGCGAGCCUACUCCUCCGACAAAGUGGUCGCUUGCGCGAGUUAAGAAAUGCCACCCUGGUAAUGAUGGGCACGUAAGAGUAGUCACUUUACAAACGCCGCAUGGAGAGUUGGUUCGUCCUAUAGCGAAACUCUGUCUCCUUCCUACGAAAGGCGAUAUAUUUCAUGAUGGAAAUUAG